GUAUCGAUCACGUAUCCCGCUGGUCUUGGCCGUUCUUCAUAGUUUCAUCGGCUGAUGGUUAUUCUGUUCGGCGUUAUUUCCAAGCUGUGUUUCUAGUGAAUAUUGUAACUGUAUUGUGGCUGGUAUUCAGACAUUGUAUUAUUGGUAUAUUCUAUGUGAACUAUAUAACAUAAAGCGACUGGGAAAUCUAAAUACACAAAUAUCUGAAUGGGGUCGUUAUUUCGAAGCGAGGAAAUGUGUCUCGCGCAACUUUAUCUACAAACUGAAGCUGCUUAUGCAUGUGUCAGUGAGUUAGGAGAACUUGGGCUUGUGCAAUUCAGAGACCUUAAUCCUGAUGUAAAUGCAUUUCAACGAAAAUUCGUCAAUGAAGUUAGAAGAUGUGACGAAAUGGAGAGAAAACUCAGAUUUCUUGAUAGAGAGUUGAACAAGGACAACAUCAUUAUUGAGGAUACUGGAGAAAAUCCUGAUGCUCCUCUUCCCAGAGAAAUGAUUGAUUUAGAAUCAACAUUUGAAAAGCUGGAAAAUGACAUGAAAGAAGUAAACACAAAUCAGGAGGCACUCAAGCGUAAUUUCCUUGAACUAACAGAGCUUAAACACAUUCUUCGUAAAACACAAAACUUUUUUGAAGAGGCAGCAAUGUAUCAACACCAACAGCGACAGCAGAAUGCUGAUUUUUCCGACGACGAAUCGGCCCAUGCAUUACUCGGUAGUGAGUUCAACAGGGGUCCUUUUACAAAACUUGGGUGAGUGAGGAAAGUGAACAGAAUAAAUAUUUAGGUGCUCACUCUGUGAAAAAAAACUGAAGCAAAAAGACGCUGCCGAUGAAUUUCCUUCUCAAUGAUUAGUGUAGAAUCUGUCUGCGAUGUUCUCUUUCAACAUUCCUUGUCUGAAUUGUGUAGUUAUUGAUGUUGCAUGCUUGUUUUUCUUUCGUAAAUUUGCUUGUUCGUUGUUCAAAGUUGGAAAAAGAGUGCUUGAUAUUGUCUAUUGUGCAGUGAUUGAUGGACAUCAAUAUAGCAAUUCCAAAUUUUAGAGCUAUAUAUUGAAGCUUCUUUGAAGGAAAGCAACCUUUAUAUCAUUAUGACAUGGACUCUCAGAAUAUUUAUUCAUUAGGGAAUAGCUUAUGUAAGAAAAUGAAUUUCCUAAAAUUUUCAAAUAAUUGAUCCAUGUUAGAUUACUGGUGGGAAAUUGCAGGAUUUCUGUUUUGUGACGGUAUUUGAUCGAAAAAUUACGAAAUUUCAUUUUUUUAAACAAUUUGACAGCAAUCAAUCAUUAUAGCAUAGUUUUGUUUCACAUUGGGUGAGCAUAGAACAAUAUGCAUGAUAUUUUAUUUUUGGACUUUAUUUUUAAUUCCAUGCACUUGUCAUCUUUGCAAUAUUAGACAGAUUUUGUUUGAGCAAUCGAAUUUGCAUACUGGGUCGACAUAAAAAUAUAAUUAUCAAACAAAGUAUCUUCGAAACUUGUGUAAUUUGGCUAAGUCUAACUGCAAAUAAUGCUUUAUAGUUUGUAGUGGGAAAUGAGCGCAUGGCCAACUACCUCUCAAGUCUUUGAU